UCGGGCUCGUCGUCCGCCGGCUCGGCAGCCGCGGCGCUGGACGCCGACUGCCGCCUGAAGCAGAACCUCUGCCUGGCGGGCCCCGGGCCGGCUGAGCCGCGCUGCGCCGCCGACGCGGGCAUGAAGCGGGCGCUGGGCAGGUGAGGAGCGGCGGCGGCGGCGCGGGACCCACGACCCUCCGGAGCUACCUGCCGUCCACCCCGCGUGCCCCCCGACCCUCUCCGGGCGUCCCCCUUCCCUCGGUGCCUCCCCCGUGGUUCCCCUCUGGCCCCCGCGUCCCCUUCUUUUCCGGGCGGGCCUGGGGGGGAGGGGGGUCCCUCCAGCGACCCGCCGGCGAGCGCCUCUCGACGAGGACGGGGAGCCCCUGGACGCCUGGGAGCACAGACUCCGCUCCGACCUGCUCUGCGUCCGACUCUGACCUAGGGUCCCGCUCGCCAGGUGAAUACAUCUUUCAAAAACAAAGAAGUUUUCAGACAUAUGAAAGGUGAAAGAAUUCAUCACCAGCAGACCCACACUGUAAGAAAUGUUAAAGCAUGUCCUUCAGGCAGAAGAAAAAUUACACCAGAUGAAAACCUGAAUCUAUACAAAUGAAUGAAGAGCACUGGAAAUGACUAUGCGAAAGGGUCUGUGCUUCCGACUGAGGAAGAUACUCCUCUGUGUCGUGGGGUUGUAUGUGGCCAUUCCAUUUCUCAUCAAACUGUGUCCUGGGAUACAGGCCAAACUGAUUUUCUUGAAUUUCGUGCGGGUUCCGUAUUUCAUUGAUUUGAAAAAGCCGCAGGAUCAAGGUUUGAAUCACACCUGUAAUUACUACCUCCAGCCAGAGGAAGAUGUGACCAUUGGAGUCUGGCACACUGUCCCCGCUGUCUGGUGGAAGAACGCCCAAGGGAAGGACCAGGUGUGGUAUGAGGAUGCCUUGGCUUCCAGCCACCCAAUCAUCCUGUACCUGCAUGGGAACGCGGGCACCAGAGGAGGUGACCACCGGGUGGAGCUUUACAAGGUGCUGAGUUCCCUUGGCUACCAUGUAGUUACCUUUGACUACAGAGGUUGGGGUGACUCAGUAGGAACGCCGUCGGAGCGGGGCAUGACGUAUGAUGCACUCCAUGUUUUUGACUGGAUCAAAGCACGAAGUGGAGACAACCCUGUGUAUAUCUGGGGCCAUUCCCUCGGCACCGGAGUGGCAACAAACCUGGUGCGGCGCCUCUGUGAGCGAGAGACACCUCCAGAUGCCCUCAUAUUGGAAUCUCCAUUCACUAAUAUCCGUGAAGAAGCUAAGAGCCAUCCGUUCUCAGUGAUCUAUCGAUACUUCCCUGGGUUUGACUGGUUCUUCCUUGAUCCCAUCACAAGCAGUGGAAUUCAGUUUGCAAAUGAUGAAAACGUGAAGCACAUCUCCUGCUCCCUGCUUAUCCUGCACGCUGAGGACGACCCGGUCGUGCCCUUCCAGCUCGGCAGAAAGCUCUACAACAUCGCUGCACCGUCACGCAGCUUCCGAGACUUCAAGGUUCAGUUCAUCCCCUUCCACUCGGACCUUGGCUACAGGCACAAGUACAUCUACAAGAGCCCUGAGCUUCCACGGAUCCUGAGGGAAUUCCUGGGGAAGUCGGAACCAGGGCGCCAGCACUGAAUGUCGCUCGCCGCCUGAAGGAGCAUGAAGAUCUCUGCCCUCCUCCUCCUUUCCUCCGGUCAGCCCAGCACCCUGGAGAUGGUGGAGUGAGAACCUGGAUGCCAGUGGGCCAGGUAGAGGAGGCCCUGGCAGACCUGAGGUGCCUGCCCUGGGUGGCCAGGAGCACGGAUCUCCAUGGACAAUGCAGGUGGCGGGCAAGUGGCCCUUCCUCCCUCUUGCUGCCACUCAACUUGAGGUCUUGCUGGGAAGACAGUGACAGAACUUUCUGGCCAUCAGCUAGUCGAUCCCACACUUCCUGAGCUGGGCAUGGGGAGCCUGGGGCAGGAGGCGUGGGGUCUCGGGACCACACUGAGCUUCCUGGCACCACCCUCGAGAAUGUGGGGAAACUUGGGUUCUUUCUGUCCUUUCCCAGAAUGGACUCUAGUGAUUCCAGCAACCUCUCCUGCCUUGUGCAUCCUGCUUGCCUUCCUUGGUGUCCCUGCCUCCCUGGGCGGCCCCACUGCUCCCAGCGGGGGAGGUGCCUGUGGUCUACCUUCCUCUGAUUUCCACCUGUCUGCCUAACCUGGCCUUAGACUGACCAUUUAUUUAAGAAUAAAAUCGUGGUGGUGGUCUCUA